AGUCACGUGUUGCUGCACCUUUUUUCCCUGAAAACACACCCAUUUAUGAAAUUGGUCAAUUAUCAAACAGAUCAUAAGAUCGAAGCCCAGCUCUCAUUCCGCACAACUCUGCUCUGCGGCGGGAGGACGUUUGGUCACCACUCACCAGAAAAUUUAGCCGCGUGCACUGGGACUGCACCUGGGUUGCUUCAUCAUGAAGUUUCUGCAGUGUGUGUUUCUACUGCUCCUGAUAUCUGCACUUAUCUUAACGUCAGACGCAUGGCGUCGUCGUCGUCGACGUCGUCGCCGUGUUCCAGCACCAACAGGCUGCUCUUCAUCACCAACCCUGGCCUACACCUACCGGAGCGGCUGUUACUCCCCCUACACCCACGGGGAGAGGUGUACCUACCGGUGCCAUUAUGGGUACAGUCGGGUCUCCGGAGACUACACCAGGACCUGCUCUGGUGGCCGCUGGGCUGGAACCAACCUCGUCUGCAGAAGAGUGUCAACAGGCUGCUCUUUACCACCAACCCUGUCCUACACCUACCGAAGUGGUUGCUCCUCUCCAUACACCAACGGGGAGAGGUGUACCUACCGGUGCCGUACCGGGUACAGUCGGGUCUCCGGAGACUACACUAGGACCUGCUCCGGUGGACGAUGGAGUGGAACCAACCUCGUCUGCAGGAGAGUGUCAACAUACUGCUCUUCACCACCAUCCUUGUCCUACACCUACCGGAGCGGCUGUUACUCCCCUUACACCAACGGGGAGAGGUGUACCUACCGGUGCCGUACCGGGUACAGUCGGGUCUCCGGAGACUACACUAGGACCUGCUCCGGUGGACGAUGGGUUGGCACAAACCUGGUCUGUAGGCGAGGGUCGACCUGUUCUACACCACCAACCCUGUCCUACACCACACGGAGCGGCUGUUACUCCCCCUACACCCACGGGGAGAGAUGUAUCUACCGGUGCCGUACCGGGUACAGUCGGGUCUCCGGAGACUACACCAGGACCUGCUCUUAUGGACGCUGGGCUGGAUCAAACCUGGUCUGCAGGGGAGGAUCUACCUGUUCUUCACCACCAACGCUGGGCUACACCUACCGGAGCGGCUGUUCCUACCCGUACACACAGGGGGAGAGCUGCUACUACCGCUGCCGUCCCGGAUACAUCCAGGUUUUUGGUAGUACCACCAGGACCUGCUAUUAUGGGACCUGGGCUGGAAUCAACCUGGUCUGCAGGAGGGCAUAUGGAUAGGCCAUAUUUGCGUAUGACGGAUAAAAUUGCCCACUGAAAUAGAUGUUUAGUUGACUACAUUCUUGCAAAACAAUAAAAAAUCUAGUUCGAGCUUUCCUCUUCAUGGUGUAUCUUUAUAACCUAUAUCUACAAAUAAAUUCACAUAAACUGGAGUCUAAGACAAGCUCUAUUAAGUUUUGACUUUGAUUUUAUUGAAUUGAAUAGAUUGACAAUUAAAGUACUGCAUGUGUAAAGAAUAUUUCAAUUCCUGACUUUGGUAUAAGUUACGAAAUUUUAAGCUAUGCGGAUUAGUUUCAAUACUUCUUCUCCAAGUAAUCACACCUUUAUGUAAACAUUGAGUUACCUAUAAAAAUAGUGAGGUUAUGAUGUCACUCUGCUUUCUGUAGACAAUAGCGCCGACUACGAAGACAGAAUGAGUGAAAGAUAAAAGAAUUAGUACAACUGCUACUCUAUGGGUAUAAGAGUCAAUAAAGGUAGAAGUCAAAGUAAAGUAAAUUCUUACAAUAUGCAAAAAUGGUCAGAGCUUUUUUUCUCCAUAAACCAACUAGUUUAUUUGACAACAAUUAUAAAAUGGUUUGUAUGUGAUUGCUUUACCAAAUGGUAAUAAACAGGGCUGCGGGACACUC